AGAGAAGCCCACAGCCAAGGGGCGACGUGAGAAAGCUGAGUAUGGCACAAAGUUCAGCGCAUUGUAGAUCCUACUGCACACAUUCAGGCUUUUGGUAAAUCUGUGGGGAAUACUCCACACCUUACACAGAGAAACUCGGUGCUGUCUUAAAAGAAGGGAUAUGUAGCCUAUGUGUAAGGAGUUUGAUGCAGACUGUCGGCAUCUGAAAGAAACGUUUGACCAUGAGCGACCACUGCUGCUGUGGCUUAGUAACAAAUGGGAUUCACAAAUCUGAGGAUCAUCCGAUAGUCAAUGAUAAAUGUUUGUCCCCAGGCCUGCGAUCUGUAUCUUCUUAUUGGUAACAGCGUUGUAUCCGCAAAGCUCUGACAGCAAAAGCAAGUGCAACAUUUCACAGAUCCUCAAAGAUUAUAAAGUGGUCAUCUUCCAGGACAUCAAGAGCCUGAAUCUCACAGGACUUGAAUAUUCAAACAAAAACAGGAAUCUGGGAAAAUCUUGCCAGUCUGAUAAGGAAUACAAGAUUCUGCAAUCAAUAUACAAAAUGACCCUUUUACUCAAGUGUCAGAAUAGCAAUAAAACGAAUGGCAUCAUAGAAGCUGUGCAUAAAACAACCAUGCAGAUUGAAUCUGCUAUCAACCAGCACUGCAAGAAAAUGAAGAAAAAGAGUCAACAGGAGGACUCCAGAUGUACACAGAAAAACUUGAAGAGUCAGAGUAGCAUAAGGAGAUUUAAGAAGGACUUGUCAAAAACCAUUGAGACUCUGGUGCUCUGUUGGGCAAAAUUAGACACUAUGCAUCCCCAGCACUAAUAAGAAGCGAGACCUGGGAUUGGACUUGGUAUAUCCGAGGCAGUGAGGUGUCAUCACUGGCCAGACCGAGUGAACAGCAGAAGGGGAGGUAUUAGAAACUGUGUACAAUAGCGUGUCUUUAUCUUUUUAUAAUCUGUGUUUGUAAUCUGUGCACAUGCUUGAUUUAGGCCUAUAAAAUGCAGACAUCCCAUGAUGAAUUUUCACUGCAAAAUUGCCAGUUGUUCUUCGUGCAUUUCCCUUGCUCAUUGUGUGCGUUUAUCAUGGUUAUCCACAGUUUAUAGCAAGUUUAACAGUGCGUAUCUGUGAUUUAGUAUGCUGUACUGUACUUUGCUAUGCUUACCUUCGAGAUGUCAAAAUCCUCUGCAGCUCUCUUCUUCCCUUACAGGUCAGGUUUGACUGCAUGUUGAGUAGUUCCUGACUGGGACAGUUAUCAUUCUUUAAAGGCGCCUGACAAAUGCUCAGUCAGACUGCACUUUUAAAUCUUUCCUAAUGGGCCUGAUAAGUAUUCCAAUAGAUCCCAAUAAAGCGGUCACUUAAUUCUUUAUGAGUACUGUGUCAUUUACUUGUCGAACCUGCCCUGGUCAAGAGAAGGGGGAAUGCUGUUUUUCUUAUACAUGAAGGCUUCAGCGAGCUGUAGGCUCCCUCGUUAUGUUUGUUCUUUGUUUGUUUUGUUUUUUAACUUUAUUUUUAGGAUAGGUCUUUUGAGAGUAGCUAUCUUGUUUUCCACAGUAUAUUAAUAAAAAAAAAAAAAAAAAAGCUUCCUGGGCUUUUUGACAGUUGCAGCGUUUUUAUCAAAGAAAACUGUUUCUUUUACACUACAUGUUGUGCUAUGCUGUUUUAAUCAGUGCUUGUAACACCUGCUUGUGCUAUUAGAAGUUAUCGUACAGUAAAUAAUUGUGACGGUGCGACCAUAUAAAACAUGAAUAAACAUUGCACCUUAGUGUGAGACUGACCCACCUAAUGAAGGGUAUUCUACUGGAAACUGUUUUAUACUUUUUUAACAUUGUUUUCUAUUAGUUUCAGUAUUCAGUGAGUCAGUGAUGUGGCAGUCUGGCACUAGGGUAUUUUUUUUUACCUAUACAGUGACAUGCCUCUUUCAUAUCUGACAACAAAAAACUGGCACACAGAUCUUGGUAAGAUGUGAGUUGUUUUUCAUUUUUAAAACAUUUUAUUUUGCUAAAUUUGUAAGAUUUUUCUUUUCAUUGGUGCUUUGUUGGAGUGCAAUAACAUGUUCUUCACCCCUCUGGACAUAGCCGGUUGAAUAACAUACAGUUUGUAAUAGCUUUCAGGGCUAAGCUAGCCUUCUGGUAUCUCUCCUGGGCUCUCGUGUGUUGCUUUAACUUGACCAUGGUCAUUUAUAUGCAACAUUGUACAAUAAUGAUCCCAAUGUAUUGUAUAUUUCACCUUGCCACUACAGUAAAUAAGCUAAUACAAUCUUAUCUUUGUGUCAUGGUUCUUUUUUAUACUGUUAUUAAUGAGUAAAAAUGUAUUAUUGUUAUUAUUAUUAUUAUUAUUAUUAUUAUUAUUAUUAUUAUUAUUAUUAUUAUUAUUAUUAUUAUUAUUUUGUAUAAAAUUAACUAAAUGUAUUCAAAUGCCUUGGGUAUGUACCUUGACACCAGAACACUGGUAUGUUAUGAUUAGUGUGAAAGUCCAUAAUUGGUUCAUUAUAAAAUUAUCCAAACCAAAAUUAGUUAAUAAUAAUAAUAAUAAACAAAAUAUAUUAGUUUAAUUCUACUAGCUGAUGCUUAGGGUUACCAGAUGUCCUGGGAAAACUGGGAUUGUGACAGUUUUCUGCCUUGAUUUUUUCUCCAAGUCAGAAACAGUACAAUUGUGUACAAAACUGUAGCAGUGUGCUCAGCAGAUUGAUAGCACAGUAAUGUAUUAUACAAAGAUAAUAUAAAGAAAAUGAUGGAUUACUUUUUUAAUAAUUCUGAUAAAUGGCUGGUUUCACAGACCCUGACUAGCACUAGUCUUGGACUACCCAAUGUUAAUUUAGGUAAGGUAAACCAAGAUUAGUGCUAAUCUGGGUCUGUGAAACUAGAGAUGUGUGUUUAAUAAUUGUGAUUAUGCUUAACUUGUUGGACCAUGGCUAUUUUUUUAAUAUGUUAUCUUGGAAGUGCAACCACCCACAUUUUAAGUCAGUCCCUGUAGUGAAAUGAGACUAUUAAUAAAAGGAACCUCUUUGUGGAGGCGGGACUAAAAUUGUAUUGAGGGGGUUAUGACCCGGAAUGUAAUAAUGAUCGCGACGGAAGUCAUGUGAUACA